UGUAAGUGGGCGGAGAAACGAGCCGAAAACACACAGGUAGGCAAGAAAAUGCGCUUGCUGCGGACUCACAAAGACAUGAAACUAAUAAAUUAACUAUAAACCGAGAAAUAACCUGCGUCUAUCAUAUCUAAAGGAAGUUUAGGACUCAGAGCAGAGUUGUGAUUUGUGGGGAAGCCGUCCGUCGACGUUGCUGGAGGUUUUAGUGCCAACAUGGAUCAUUUGUCUCGGGGUGUGUGUGGUUAAGAAAGAGCUGUCAGACACCGGAGCCUCAUUCUGAUUAACGGCAGGUCCAUCACUGGGUCAUGGUGAUGGACCAGGACACUCAGUGGCUGUACCAACUCCUGGCCGAGGUCCAGUUGGAGAAGUUCUACCUGCGUGUCAGAGAUGGCCUCAACAUCACCCGCAUCGAGCACUUCGCCUACGUCAAGGAGGCCGACCUGGAGCAGAUAGGCAUCAGCAAACCCGCACAAAGAAGAUUAUGGGACGCUCUGAAACGCUACAAGACAACUUCACGACCACGCUCAUGGAUUCCCAAGGUGUUAAGCGGACGAGGUCCAGAUGGGGGCGAGCAGUGGAGCGGAGGCAAUCCGGCUCAGAGCCAGGAUGGCAGCAGCCGGGCUCUCCCUUGUCUGAUCCAAGACAACGAGCUGGUUCUGGGAGAGAAACUUGGCUCUGGUUCCUUUGGGGUGGUGAGGAGGGGAGAGUGGCACACACCCACGGGGAGAGUGCUGCCCGUAGCAGUCAAAUCACUAAGGAGCAGCAUGUCCAGGCAAACGGACACACUUACAGACUUUCUCCAAGAAGUGACUACCAUGCAGUCUUUAGACCACCCAAACAUCAUACGACUAUAUGGUGUGGUGCUCACACAGCCCCUCAAGAUGGUAACAGAGCUGGCCCCCAUGGGCUCACUAUAUGACAUCUUGCGCUCACGUCAGUAUGAGUACCCUCUGGUGCGCCUCUGGCUCUUUGCUACUCAGAUCAUAGCAGGUAUGGAGUACCUGGAGACCAGGCGAUACAUCCAUAGGGACCUGGCUGCGAGAAAUGUACUGCUGGCUUCCAGAGAGAUGGUCAAGAUUGGGGACUUUGGCCUGAUGAGGGGACUGACCCAAGAGGCCGAUCACUACGUCAUGUCAGCACACAGAAGGAUCCCGUUCGCAUGGUGUGCUCCAGAGAGUCUGCGUGUCGGCUCCUUCUCCCAUUCCUCAGAUGUGUGGAUGUUUGGUGUCACCUUGUGGGAGAUGUUCACUUACUGCGAGGAGCCCUGGUUCGGCCUGUCAGGCAGACAGAUUCUGUGGCGUGUUGAAAGGGAGGGCGAACGCUUAGAAAAGCCGCCAGAUUGCCCUCAAGAGCUGUAUGUUGUCAUGAGGAAGUGCUGGGCCUGCAACCCCGUUGACAGACCCAGCUUUGCCCAGCUCACCACAAUGGUGGCAGAGGCUAAACCAAUGGAGGUGCAAGCAACAAGAGACUUUGCUGAACCCAGAAAACUUGCACUUUUGGCCAACGACCUUGUGACCGUCAUCGACCACGGCCUGGAGCUGUGUGAGUGGAGGGGCCAGAACCAGCGGACUCUAUCAGUCGGCUUGUUUCCUGCGAGCCUCACUGCACCGUCACUCCCCGCUGCUGCUGCCGUUGCCACGUCCAGCAACCCAGGGCCCAACCCCACUUCUAGCUCCACUCACAUCUCAGCGCCCAUGAAGGGCAGCCUGCAACACACCGGGCACGGAGACAUCAACCCUGAUCGCUGCUGGGGAUCACCUGAGAACCUGGAUGAUGGCAGCUGGAGGGCGGGCUCCUCCAGGGAGAAGGAGGGCUCCAAUCUGCAAAAAAUGGCAGGUAUGUCUCGGAGCCUGGAGUCGGUCUUGAGUGGACACCGGCCCCGGUCUCAUACAGUCGGGGGGGGCAAAGUGGAUCAGCAGGGCAGAGUCAUGCCCCCAGGGAUGGUAGCCCGCAGUGUGGUGAUGCAGCAGGACCCGCGUCGCUUCAGCGAGGCCAGUAUCGUCCCUCCUCCCCGACCGCCGCCCCCCAACCUGAAACACUUGAAAGCUCAGAGGAAGCCUACGAUCUACCCGGUCCCAGGCACCUCCUGGCCUUCUCAGUUGGUCCUCUCCCCUCCGUCGCAACAACUUCAACCUCAACCCCAACAGCAGCCUCAACAGUGUGUCGGAGGCACCAACCUGGCUAAAAUGGCCCACGUGGCGCGGUCGACCCCACAGUUGGACGAGCAACCAAUCGUCAGAGGGAGGGAACGAAUCAGAGAUCGAGACCGAGAGAAGUCACCUCAUGUGCCGAACACGAGAGAAAGUCUCAUCUCGCAGGUAAUGGAGGCGGUACAUGGAGUGACUAUCGAAGAGGUUCGUGCUGCGCUUCAACGUAAUGACUGGAACCCACUGCGAGCCGAGCAACAGCUUAAGUUGGACCAGCUCUACUCGCUGAGCCUCUGCUCCAAAGAGGACUGCCUGAGGGUCCUGUCCAAGUACCAGUGGAACCUGCAGUCAGCCAGCCGUUACCUGAUCCAAUGGUCACUGGACGACAGACCAGGCCAAGGGAGGGAUCGACCUCAGAUUAGCGCAGAGAGACGAGUGUGAAAGGAUUUCUUUUGGGGCUGAUACUCUCUUUCCUAAUAUCUGGAUGUUUGAGACUUGAUUCACGCUGACACACUCUGACACUGGAAGCUGCCCACAACAACACGUGGGAGAUAAAAAAAAUAGGAAAAUGAAGAUAGAAGAAUGUAAAAAGACACAUAUUUCGAAACGAAGGAAUUAAGAAAAAGACGAAACUGUUUCUGAGUACUGUUUUUAUAUUUUUAAUGAUAUUACUCUUCACAUUAUGUGUUUGUUUUGUGCAAAUGUUUUUGUAUCUUAAUGAUUUUGUACAUAUUAGUAAUGAUUGUUAUGUUGAAUAAAUUGAUGAUCAUACGUGA